AUGGCUGAAGAGCAAGCACAACCUGUUACUCAAGCUACAUUUCAAGGCAAUAUUCCCCCACCUCCAAGACUUGAAUUAAAGGGAAAUCUUGCACAGAACUGGAAAAGAUGGAGACAAAUCUGGGACUCUUUUGAAGUUAUGGCCAGAAUUGAUGCAAAUGACCAUAAAUACAGACUUGCUUCAUUCAUAACCUACAUAGGUCCAGAAGCUCUUGAUAUCUAUAAUGGCUUACCUUAUGAGUCUGAGGAGGACAAGGAGAACAUGGAUACAGGGUUAACUCUCAUGGAAAGGCACUGUCUACAUGGUCUAGGUGAAACUAACGUCAUAUAUGAAAGAUACAUCUUCAACCAAAGAUCACAAAUGGAAGGUGAAUCUGUAGAUACCUACACAAACACUCUCAGAACAUUGGCUGCAUCUUGUGAUUUCAAAACGUUACAUGAUGAACUCAUCAGAGACCGAAUUGUGUGUGGUCUGAGAGAUAAUGCAACACGUAGAAAACUAUUGCAAGAACCUAAGCUGACUUUGAAGAGAUGCAUAGAUAUAUGCAGAGCAACUGAAUCAACCAUGGCUCAAGUAAAAGCAAUGUCAAGUGCCCAAGAGGAUAUCCAUGCUGUUCGCAAGAAAUCUAAAACUCCAUGCAGACGUCAACCCCCAGACAAAAGUAAACAUAGUAACCCAAGUAAGAAGAAACAUUCCUCCCGAGUACACAGAGUCGAUGAUCAAUGUGAUGAAUCUGAUAUUGAUCCUACAGAGGAACUGAUGACUAUAGAUACCUGUGAAGAAUCUGUCAACUGUGUUGUAGGACAAUACCCUACUAAAAUCUUCACAACACUUGAAGUGAACUCUCAACCAGUACGAUUUCAGGUAGAUUGCGGGGCUACUUGUAAUGUUAUCUCUAAAAAGUAUCUCCCAGAGGAUACUGACAUGCAGGAUACGUUGGUUAACCUGAAGAUGUACAAUGGGUCCAAGCUUACUACAAUGGGAACUGCUAAUCUCCAUUUACGCAAUCCCAAGAACUCUAAAAAGUAUCAUGGCAAGUUUGUUGUGAUUGCUGAGGACAGAACACCACUGAUUGGAUCCCGUUCUGCUCAACAAAUGAACUUUAUCAAAGUGCUCCAUGAAAAUAUCCUUGAAGUUUCUGAAGAGAAACCUCCGUCUGAGAAAGUCACAUCCUCAACUGGUCUUACAAAAGAGGACAUACUGAAGACAUACCCAGACAUCUUUAGCGAUGAACUUGGAACUUUUGAAGGAACUCAAAAGCUAGAAAUUGAUCCAAGUAUAACGCCUGUCAAACAGCCACUCAGGAGAAUUCCACAUGCUCUCAAGCAAGACCUCAAGACAGAACUCGAACGUCUAGAAAAACGUGGUGUAAUUACUCCAGUUGAUACACCUACAGACUGGGUCUCUAGUCUCUUGAUCGUUAAGAAGCCCUCAGGACGUCUACGCCUAUGCAUAGAUCCUAAACCUCUCAAUAAAGCUCUCAAAAGAUGUCACUAUCCAUUGCCUGUAAUGGAAGAUAUACUGCCAGAUAUUGCAGAAGCCAAGGUGUUCUCUAAAUGUGACUUGAAAGAUGGUUUCUGGCAUAUCGUACUUGAUGAGGACUCUAGUUAUCUCACAACCUUUGGAACGCCAUUUGGACACUUUCGGUGGCUCAGACUUCCUUUUGGUGCCUGGAGUAUUCAGGAUAGCAGAUGA